AUGGUUUCAUUGACAGCGUAAACAACUUUUCUGUUGCAAAGCAGGUGCCCAUUCUGAUAAAAAUAUCGACAUUUUUCACAUCAGAAACUAAAAAUGAUUCCUCCAACUGCAUCACUCGUUAAAUAUGAUAACCCUGUACUUGUCAGCAGGAAUACUGACAAGAAAACACCACGGGCACGUGCACUGAAAGCCACAGCUCAGCAACCGCCAUCUUCUGGACCAGUGCCAAGUCCACCAGGAGGCAAGCAGAAGCUACCUCCAAUGGACACAAAAAGCACCCAACAAACUGAUGAGAUUUUGAACUCUAUUUUGCCACCAAGGGAGUGGACAGAAAGUGGCCAACUGUGGGUCCAGCAAGUCUCGAGCACGCCAGCAACUCGUCUUGAUGUGGUUAAUCUCCAGGAGGAGCUUGACAGGAGACUACAGCAAAGACAAGCGCGAGAGACUGGCAUCUGUCCGGUCAGGCGAGAACUCUAUUCACAAUGUUUUGAUGAGCUCAUCCGACAAGUCACAAUCAACUGUGCCGAGCGCGGUCUACUCCUCUUGAGGGUGAGGGAUGAGAUUAGAAUGACAAUCGCUGCCUACCAGACGCUGUAUGAGAGCAGUGUGGCAUUUGGGAUGAGGAAAGCCCUACAGGCAGAGCAAGGCAAGGCAGACAUGGAGAGGAAGAUUUCUGAGUUGGAACAAGACAAGCGUGACUUGGAGCGACAGGUGAAUGAGCUUAAGGCCAAGUGUGAACAGAUUGAGAAGAGAGCAACUGAGUCGCGACAAAUGGAGGAGAAGAAACACACAGAGGAGAUCCAGUUCUUGAAGAGGACCAACCAACAACUCAAGACUCAGUUGGAGGGGAUCAUUGCACCCAAGAAGUAAACAAGGUUGCCUCUUGAACAUCCAGCCAAAUACACAAAAAGACAUUUGGAAAAUUCUCAGUCAUUUCCUUUGGAUAAUUCUAUGCCGUCCGUGAAGGUUUUGUGAUAAGACUCAUCUUGGUCUUUAGAUGAAAUGGAUGGUCAUGAUGCACAUUUCCAUCUGUAUACAAAAUAAAAUGAGCUACGGAGACACCUGAAUUUUGUCUCUGAUUACAAGACAGCCAGUUUCAAAAGGACUAGGACUUUAGAUGUCAACUGUAAAAAUGGCUUUUUUCAGUAAAAAGUAGGUAUUGGUCAAGAAAAACAUCUUUCUUUUGGAAAUGCCUUUGAUUUCCAACCUCAUUCUUACAAGAGUAAAAUCAGUCAGGAAUAGUGCCCCCCAUCCAAUGAUAACAUGGAAUAGUGCCUCCCAUCCAAUGAUAACAUGGAACUAAAUGUUUCUUGAAUGAUUUGACAGUAGUGGCUAUAAAACAGGACAAAGGGCAAGUUCAGGAGCCGUCCUCAAUAAUUAUUUAUUUUCAAGAUGUGUACAGUUGUAUUAUAUUAAGUUUUGAAUUUUUUGUACAUUCACAUUUGAGUCAGGAAAUUCUCUUUAGUGUAAAAUUGAUGAAUAAACUUGUAUGUUUUGGUAAUUGUUU